UUUAAUCCUCACAUCAUGAUUAACUGGUUAGGUAUAUAGAGAACUCAUAUUUAUAGCCAUUUCUGCAAGUCAACUUUAGAUCCCGGUCAGGUACGCAAAUUUUCCAUGGGCCAAUCCCAGUCAGCAGAUGGUGGGAAUGGAAAUCCUCACAGGAGAGAACGUGAUGAGGCCAACGGCAAGAGGGACUUCUAUGAGAUCUUAGGGGUAGAACCGCUUGCAACCACAGAACACCUCAAAAAAGCAUACCGCAAGAAGGCACUAGAACUUCAUCCAGAUAAAAACUAUGGCAACAUUGAACAAUGCACUGCGCUCUUUGCUGAAGUUCAGGCAGCAUAUGAAGUCUUAUCGGAUCCGCAAGAAAGGGCUUGGUAUGACUCAAAUAGGGAUGCAAUUCUCUACAGCAAGGAUAAUCCACGGGGAGAUCAGCAUUCCUAUAAUUCUAAGGUAACUAGGACGGAGGAUAUUUUGAAUGCCAUGAUAAACUUCAACCCGCGUACGGAAUUUUCUGAUGACUCUUCUGGGUUUUUCGGUGGAGUCCGGGAAAUAUUUGAACGGUUAGCCCAGGAAGAAUUAAAUGCGUGCAUCAUGGACGGUCUGGAAUCAGUUAAUUAUCCCUCAUUCGGCUUCAAAGACGAUGAUCUCGAUAACAUUCGACCUUUUUACGGCGUAUGGUCUACAUUUUCCACCAAGAAAUCCUUUGCGUGGAAGGAUACCUACAAAUACUCCGAGGCACCCGAUCGACGAGUUCGGAGGCUGAUGGAGAAAGAAAAUAAACGCUUAAGGGACGAAGCAAUCCGGGAGUUCAAUGAUGCAGUGAGAUCACUGGUGUCUUUCGUGAAAAAACGUGAUCCCCGAUACAAAUCAGUAGUCCAGAAUGAACUUGAACGUCAGAGAUUGUUACGGGAUUCUGCUGCCAUGCAGGCUGCUCGCUCGCGAGCAGCAAACGAAGCAAGACUUGGAGAGUACUCGGUGCCUGAGUGGGCGCAAAGGGAACAGCUUGAGGAGGAAAUGUUCAGUGCUACAUCUGAAUCUGAGCAGGAUCAUUUUGAGUGUGUGGUUUGCCGCAAAACAUUUAAAAGUGAAAAGCAAUUUGAAGCCCACGAGCGGAGUAAAAAGCAUAUUAAAGCUGUAAGGCAGCUCCGCUAUGAAAUGAAGGUUGAGGAUGACCACGUUCAGAUAAACACAUCUGAAUCUCAGGAGGGAGUCGUGUGUGGGCCUGAAUUUGACACAACCACUGCCAGAGAAACGGAUACGGCCGACAAUUUGCAGGAAACCCUUCAGUGUGAAGACAUUGGUGAAAAUGCAACAAUGGAUAAUGAAGGAACUGAAUUUUCAUGCAACAGUGACACCCCUGAACAGCCUCCCACUAUAGAGCAUCCAUUGGGAGAAUCUCACGAUAGUGCUGUUGAUCAGGUUGGUGCAUCCUUUGCAAAUUCUUCUAUUGCUGAUGCUCGGCCAACGGAAAGCACAGUGAGGAAGGUGGGGAAAGCAAAGCAGAAGCGAGCCAAAAAGGCAAUCAAAACUGAAGGCCAGAAGGGGAAUCUUGCUUGUGGGACCUGUGGACGCUCGUUCAUGUCCAGAAACAAGUUGUUCUGCCAUCUUAAGGAGGAGAGUCAUGGCAUUCCUUCCAGUCAGGUAAAUGAAAAGCACUAGAUGAUCUACCAAACCUUCCAAGAUUCAAUACCAAAGCAAACAAACAUGGUGCUUAGGAAGUUCAACCUACAGGGUCAAUGUUAUUUAAGUAAC